AUGGAACUUGGAAGGAGGAAUACCAAGAAAUACACUUUCAAAAAUCCUGACUUAACAGAGUUGAAGAAGCUUGGUUCAAUGAUAGUUAGUCCAGAGGAUUUCAGAGCUCGGUAUGGAAGACUUAUGGGUAUCUUGAAGACCAAGGUUGAAGAUGGAGUUCUCAACACCCUGGUACAGUUUUAUGAUUCACCAACAGCUAUUGCAGAAGCAUUUCACCUAGAAACGUAUGUUGUGAAGGCCAACUUCAUUAAAAAAGGAGGGAUUCUAGGUCUAACCUCUAGAUUCCUGAUGGAGAAAGCCUUUAUCUUUGCAAAAGAAGAUAGUAGAGAUUCCUUUGAAGCCAUUUUUGCUCUACUCAUUUCUGGAAUUAUGCUCUUCCCAAACAUUGAUGACUUUGUGGAUGUUAAUGAUGUACGAAUCUUCUUAAUUGGUAACCUAGUACCCACAUUACUUGGAGAUACCUACCAUUAUAUCCAUCACAGGACUAAGAAAGGUGGUGGAACCAUUCUUUGUUGUGUACAUAUCCUAUAUAAGUGUUGUGGUGAAUUUCCUAAUGUACCUCUCAUUGGUGUAAGUGGGGGAAUUAACUAUAACCGCAUCCUUGCCAGACGCCAGUUAGGAUAUCCUAUGGCAGAUAAACCUGAUAACCUUUUGUUGUCGGGUUUCUUUGACCUCAAUGAAGAAGAAAGAUUUGUUUUGAAAGCCAAUGAACUUAAGAUGCCCUAUGCUCCUGAGAAGCCCUUAUUCCCUUAUGUUAUAACAUCAUCAUCCACCAUUCCUAUUGAGAAUAGGGAAGAGUUUCAAGAAAUUUUGGCUAGGUUGAAAUUGGAAAAAGACACUUGGGAAGGCAAGUACCAUGUCUUGAAUGGUAAGAAGAUGAGGACGGAGCAGCAGCUAAAGGAGAAGGAUGAUUUGAUUGAGAUUUUGGAACAACAAGUUAUGAAGAAACAGGAGGAAUAA